CCUAUCUUCCCCCGGAUCCUCUUUUUUCCCUUUUGACUUUCAAAUUCCCCUUUUAAUUUAUUUAUUCACUUCUCUGCAACAUGGCUUUCUGGCGUGAGGUUGGUCAGCAAUUGCGCCGUGUGCCUAAGACCGGGGAUGUUUGUUUGACUCAAUCGCGGAGAUGCCUCAGUUAUUCAAGGUCAUGGAAGAACACCGGAAUCACAACACCCAUUCGCUCGCAAAUCAAAGCACAGAGAAGCCUUCAAUCACCUUGGCAAGGAUAUAAUACGUCCCGACGUGCUUUCUCAGUGACUACCCAAGCUGCGCAUGGUCAUAUCACGCCGCCAAAGGCCGGAGAAGAGAUCAAUUUGACUUUCAUCGACAAGGAUGGCACCAAGAUAGACCUCCAGGUUGCCGAGGGCGAUAACCUACUCGACAUUGCACAGGCCAAUGACCUUGAAAUGGAAGGUGCGUGUGGAGGAUCUUGUGCCUGCUCAACAUGCCAUGUGAUUGUGGACGACCCGGACACCUUUGAUAAAAUGGAAGAGCCAUCAGACGACGAGAACGACAUGUUAGAUCUGGCUUUCGGGCUUACCGAGACCUCUCGGCUGGGCUGCCAGGUUAUCAUGACCAAGGAUCUUGACGGAAUGGUUGUGCGGUUGCCAUCCAUGACACGGAAUCUCCAAGCAAGCGACUUUGAGUCGAAAUAAAGAGAUCAGCAGAAACCCCGGGUGGGACUGUUUGGAUCUUGAAUACCCUCAUAUCUUAUCUGAAUCGAGAAGGCUGGACACAGCGGGGGUUUAUGGUCCUAUUUGGUCCCAAAUAGGACUUUGUACUGUAAUAUUCAUCUGAUGCAUCUAGUACGCUUGCACGGUAUCUCAAAAUGAAAAUCUCCUGUACUAUUUUGAUCAAACAAGA